AUAGGUCGGUAGUGUAUAAGAUAUUAUAUGUAUAUGUUAUUAUAGGUAUACUGUCAUCGUGAUUAUACGCACUUGCGCAAGUCUCCGAUAGUAAUAAUAGUAAUAAUAAAAUGCUCAAUAGGCAUUUCACAGCUUAUAAACUUUAUACAAUAAUUUAUCAAGUAAAUAUUAUAACGUUAUUAUGUCAAAUUAGAUAGAUUGAGCGAUGGACAAGGAGCAGUUUCAGCCGCCAAAAAAACCCUGUACAGAACUGCACAAGAAACACACAGUGGCCAGUGAACACAGAUGUGUGCAAUGGGUGCCCCAGGUGGAUGUGGUUAACGACAGUCUAGACACAGCUUUGUUGUCUGUUUACAGCCAUUCGGGGCUGACGUUCCCCAGGACCAACGAAGUGUGCAUGCAAAAAGAAACCUUUAUACAGUGUUUGAAGAAACAAAUGAAUAAUAUUCGAUCAGACCAUAAAGUGGAAAAGCUAUUUAGAAAUCAUCCAUUGAAAAUGGGUGGCCUAAUUGGUGAACGAAAAGACAUAAAUAGUAUUAAACUUGGAUUAGUUGGUAGUCAUAUAUCACAAACUAACCAUGGAUAUUCAAGAAAAGAAGAUGGUACUUUUUACAAUUAUUAAAGUACAAUAAGGUUGGUGUAAUAUUAACAAUGAUGAUACCAUCAUACCACACAAUAUCUAAUAAUCAAAAUAUAUUGACAUUUUCAGAUAAGCAUUUGAAAGGAUCUUUUCAACUUAUUCAUUGAUUUCUAAAAUUAUACUAAGAAAUAAGUAAUACUGUUGAUAAUAAUAUAAUUCUAUAUCUGAAAUUUAAUA